ACUCAUAUGACUUUUGGUAAAGAGUUCACAAAUGCUGUAGAACAAAAACAAAUUGCUCAACAAGAAGCAGAACGUGCAAAAUUUAUUGUAGAAAAGGCCGAGCAAGAAAAACAAGCAGCAAUCAUUCGCGCUGAAGGUGAGGCUGAAGCUGCUGAUAGAAUUUCUAAAGCUCUUGACAAAGCAGGUGAAGGAUUAGUAUUAUUGCGUCGUAUCGAAGCAUCUAAAGAGAUUGCAGGAACAUUGGCGAAUUCGCAUAAUGUGACAUAUUUGCCUGGUAGCCACAAUGGUGGAUCUAAUUUGUUAUUAAAUCUUGGUGUUUGA